AUGCCCGACAUGUAUGCAAUUCAGAGCUCAAAAGCUACCUCUGAAAAAGAUCAAUCGACUGUGCAGUACACACCAAAUAUCAUCCCCUGUCGAGUCCACCAUGACGGACCGGUUGAUUCACUCGACCGGUAUUGGAUGCCAGUGAAUGACGAGAAAGAGGCUAAUCACCCGCCUCUCUGUCUAGAUAAUACUCAGACAGCGCAUUUCCGUGGGCGCAAGCUUCGAGGUCGGCGCGUCGCCCUUCCUGAUGGCUAUCAAGGCGUUGUUGCGGUACCAACAGACCGGAUGCUACCUCCAACUCAACGGCCGGGCAACGAAGGUAUCGAGGGUGAAACCGAGGCGGAAGAACCAGUCAAAGUUCUGGAAACACAAGGCACAUUUGAUGAUUUUGUAGUAUGGGGUCACGAGGCUGUUCCUGCGGCAGAUGACACUUUUGUCAAAGGAGUAGAAGAAUGGCUGCAAUUUGCGGACGCAGUAUGUUCUCUCAAUUGCCCGCCAAUUUGA